AUAGAAAUCGAAGAUUUUGAAUUGUAGGAUUGAAAUUUUAAAGUAAUAUCUAUACAAUAAUAAUUAUCAUUAAUUAUUUCAAUAUAUUUUUGUGGUACACGUAACAUAUAUUCAACAUUACUGUAAACUUUAGUGAAACAAGUUUUGAAUUCGGAUGACACGGUUUCAAUACUACGUUCCACUUAUUUAGAAGAUAAUAUCUGUGAAUAUGAGUACUACCGCAGGCAAAAAGUCAAUAUUUUUGGCUUACAUUUUUUGGUUAUUUGGGGGGCCAUUUGGAGUGCACCAUUUCUAUUUGAGAAGAGAUAGACAUGCAUUUGUUUGGUGGACCACUCUUGGUGGCUUCGGUAUAGGUUGGUUGGGUGAAGUAUUUCGCAUACCAAGGUAUGUGAGAGAUGCUAACGAGGAUCCUAAAUAUGUGGAGGACCUUAUUGGGAGAAUGAUACGGAACAAGAAGCCACCAUUCUCUAUGAAUCGUUUUACGGGAAUGCUGAUGGUUGGUUAUUCCUGGGGUCAAAUGAUGAUGGUAGCAGUGCCAUCUGAUGAAAUAUGGGGUAUCAAUUUUAGAUAUCUCAACUACCUCAUUCCUUUGGUUGCUGCACUAGGUGUCUGGACAGUAGGCAACAUUGGUCACGAGCAAGGAACCUUGAAGUGGCCUCUCUUAGCUGCAUAUGUGUCCUAUCCUCUUCGCUACUUUAUAUAUGAUGAAACAGUAUUUUUCACUAUCAUGGUGUUGUCUGCGGCAUUAGCAUUUGACUCCUUCUCAAAGCAGUGGCGCAGAACUCCAAGAAGGCAUCGUUUUGUUAAGAGAGUGAUUGUCCUCGGUGUGUGUGCUUGCCUUUACUUAUCCCUAUGGUGCAGCUACUUGUACUUCAAUGGCACGAUCACCGACAGUGAAGGCGACGAGGUUCCAAUCUACGAAGCAUUGCAUCACUUCUUUACAAGUCCUUGGUGGCUUGAUGUGAAGCAGUGCCUUAUUGAUACAUACCAGUAUGCACAGCAUCAUGGCUGGUAUGAAGUAUGGAAACAAAUUAUUGAUCUGUCUGAUCCUCAUGGUGAACAAAAUGCAUACAAGGUGCUCGGGCUGGGCCCUGAAGCUACACAACAAGAGAUAACAUCUACUUGGCGAAGAUUGUCCAGAGAGCAUCAUCCCGACAAAGUCAAGGAUGAGAACGGACGCCGCGCUGCCCAAGAACGAUUCAUGGAAAUACAACAAGCUUACGAGAUCUUGUCCAAUAGCAAGCACAGAAGAAAUCGACGCAAUAAGAAAGAUAACUCGGAGUAAUGAAGGUGAAUGGAAACGUAAACCUCACAUCUAAAAAUAAUAUUAAAUAUAAAAAUAUAUAUUUGUGGGCCUCUUUGUUUGUUCGUAUCUUAAAUUGUUCGUUAAUUCGAUGCAAACGCGCAUCGUUAAUCAGAUUGAGUUUAAAUUUUGUAAAAUGGUUGAUGGAUUGGGUGUGGAGAUUUCUGGGAUAGUUAAAUUAAGAUAAGUCAACAGCAAGAUACUGUUUUAUGCUCUGACAUAAUAAGCAUAAAGUCGGAUAGGUAUUAAUGAUUUUGAACUAUACAAAGUUAACCAAUAUAAAUAUAGUUUUUUGAAAUCGACCUAUAAAUUAUAGUCUUACCGAAUUUAUGCUUGUGAUGUAGAAAUAUAUCUCAUAUAGCUAUAAUUAACGCGAAGCGUAGCAAUGCUACAGCAGUAAAAUAUAUGUAUAUUAAUUAACAUUUUAUUCGGCCAAUGCGAAAUUAAUUCUCCUAAUAGAAUCUCUCAGCGUCUCCAUUAGUGCGUUUUCGGCGUAAUACGUUUAGGUUAACUCAAAACUCGUGUCACUCAUUGGACAAAGGGUUGUGGAAGAUUCUGUAAUUGUUUAGUAAGUACAUACUUGUGUUUUGUCUGUAAACGCGAUUGUUCAUUGUGCGUAUCGUUACGUCAUAAUUUAUGCUGAAAAGAAAUCUCACACGUCUAGCUAGGUUAUGAUAUUUUCUUUUUUUUAAAUUUGUGUAUUAUAGUUGUUGACGAGCUGUCGCGAAUAUAGAAUACGAAAAGUGUCAUAAAUUGAAAAUCGCUGGAUAUGUAAAAUAAUUGGCUUAAAGGUCUGUUUACCAGGUCAUAAAUCUUUUAUAAAAAAUUUAAAAUAAUGUGAUUGUGAACGUAAUAAUUAUACUACCAAGUUUCGGAUUAAUGUCAAAACUAGAUAUUAGAUGCAUAAAAUAUCCUACCGAAUCACGAAUAUUAUAUUGGCUGUAAUGUGUUAUGGAUAUGGGCCUAAUUUCAAUAUUUCAAGUUCAAUAUUUAAUUAAAUAACUUAUUGAUCUAGGAACUAUAGUCUAGGCGUUGUAGUCGCAAGAAAUACUUCAAAAAAACUACACGAAGCCGUAUAAAAUGGGCUUUUAAAUAAAGCAGUUCUAACAUAAAUGAUACUGAUAUUAUAAGUUAAUUAAAUGAGUAAAACGUUGAAUUAAAAUUAAAAUACGUAUAAACAAUCAUUAAAAUUUGUAAUUUUCUCUUCUGUAACCGUAAUGUCAUUUAUUACGUUCUAGUAUUUAAAUUUCGAAUUCGUAUAACAUGUCUUAACGUUAGAAUCGAUACAGUGAUUUAUAUUUCACUCUUUAAAUAAGUAUAUUAAGGAAAAAUGAAGAAUUAUUCAACGAGUCUUAUUAUUUUGGGCUGGUGACGGUUCAGCUCCAGUAUGGACAUAAAAAAAAUACAAUUUUGGUACUUCGAAAUUGGGUGGACACUAAUUUGAACAUGAUACAUAAUUGAAACUGAUUUUAUUAUUAUCAAAUUGAAAUUUUGUAUUUUAAAAGGAGUCUAAGCUAUUAUAGAUAUCUUGUAUUUUCAUAUGAUAUUUAAGAAGUCAUUAUAAUAAUUGAUAAAAAAAUGUAGGUAUUCAGUAGGAUUUAGGCGUCGCGAACCCAAGACAAAAAUUACAUACGAAUUCUUAAAAAACACGCACAGAAACGAGAUCUGAAAUUCAUAUAAUUUAUUCCAAAUUUAAAACGGUAAUUCUACCGUAUGGACCUACUGCUUCCCAAUAGAACUCCACUUGGAAGACUUAUUUUAUUUGACUGUGUAUUGUUUAAUCUAGUUUUAUUCAUAUGUAAGGUAGCGGUCAUUUGUACUUGAGUAAUUAUAAUCAUACGAUUUUUUAUGCCGGUUAAUGCGUGACUGUAUAAAUGAGAAUGCGACGUGGAUUUACAGUGAAUUAGAAAAGGAAACAGUCAUUAGCAAUUAAGCGAAUGAUAAGAACAGUGUAAAUGGCUUAAUGUCGCGUAGAGUUUAAUAUGUCCGAAGUUUAACAAUACGUUCGACAAAGUGAAAGGUAUUCGCCGAUUUUAAACACCUUUUAUAAACACCAUUAGAAAAUUGGAUACGAACUUAGAAAUUACUUUUUCAAAUAUUUUUUAUUAAUUUAGCUUAGGUAUCGCAUAAACCAGCGUAGCUACUGCUGGUCGAACUAUUGUGAGUUUCUAGAUGGUAUCAGAAAUUCAGCAUCUUCCCCCAAUAAUAAAAAUCCAGACUUCAACAUUGCAAGUUUUGAUUUGAUUCUUAUGCAUAAGUAUCAAGAUUACUAUUUUUGAGUCAAAUUUUUUUGCAUUAUCGAUUUAAAAACGUAGUCGACGUAUAUAUGUAGAUAUGCUUUACAUUUCCUGUUGCCUAGUUGAAAAGUAUAUCCUGUCACACAUUAACUGAGAUAUUAUUUAAUAUAUGUAUACUAUUUGAAAUGUUUCUAGAAAUCGUAAAUGCGUAUAAUAAAAAAAAUAUAUAUGCAGGUAAUUCCUGCCAAUUCAUUCGUGCUCAUCGAAUUUAUUGACGAAAGUGCUAUAAAUCUCUCGGGAACACGUCAGGGUAUUAAAUAUUUUAACAUAAAUCCAUUAUCUCGAUAUAUCUAGAUGGUUAAAAAUUUAUGUUUUAUAUUUUUCUACAAUGCGUUCCUCUCUUCACUAUCAUUCCCUCACUGCUGAGGAUCGCGAUCACAUGUGAUCUUGCUCCAUAGUUUUCGGUCGUGGGUGGCAUGAACCGCGUGUUAUACCACCAACCGCUUUUUUAAUUAGAUUACGUUCUUAUACCACCUGAUUGAUUAUAUUGGUACUUUAGGGAAGGUUGCUGUCAUGACACCAUUAACGUGGGAUAGGUGGUGUGCGAGCGAUUUCAAUAAGUCUUUGAUUCGAAUAUUUGCGUUAAGUAACAGGGCGGUGUAAUCGGAUUUCAUUCAUGGAUGAUAAAAUUAAAAACCCACUUAAAUUAAUUGAAAAGGGAAAGAGAAAAAGUUUAAAUAUGUAUAUUAUGUAUCGAUCCGUUGUCUUUAUAGCGAUCAAUCUCUAUCUGAAGAAGAGCUUACUCGAAUAAAUUUAUUUUACUCAUAAUUCUUAUAUAGUUAAAGUGGAUUUAAAAAUUGUUAUUGUAGUAAAAAAUAUAAAAGCUAACCCAUUUAGUUGUCUGUAUAAUACAACAAGUCCGUGUUCUGAAUCUGGAUAAAAGUAUAAAAGAGAAAUGCGAUUAAUGAAGGAUAACCACCGCUUAAUUUUUUUAAUUCAAUUAGAACUUUCAUUGGGUCUAAUGUUUCACAGAAGUACACAGUGAAAUAACUGUUCUAAAUGUUAUAGUGUAGCACCAUUCUAUAAGAAAAAAUAUGCGAAUCCCUCAAAACGACUAUUUUAUUUUUUAUGUUUUUUGAGAGGUCUUGCAAUGCAUUUAAAACACCAAAUUUGUAUUUAUUUUAGUUGUAAAUUACAAAUUACUGUUUUAUUUUUUGUCCAAUUUUAUAAAUUUGUAAUAAUUUAUUUA